AUGCUUCAAUCGGGACAAACAACGUUCCCUGUUUCAUCAGGUAAGCCCUUGAACGGUAUAUGUCCCGCCGAAGCGGCACGAGAUACUGCACCAAAAUUAAAUGAAGACUCAAUGUUACAGUUUGACGCCAUUAACCGACAAGCCCGUCCGUCUUCUGGGCUUCAGUCAUUUGAUGAUCCAUUAGGCUUUGAUGUACAUCACUCGCCACCACUUUUUACCUAUUCCGACGUAAUGGAUUCAAGCACAUGCCACUUGGCAGCACUUCCUGUUUCUCUGGGUAAGUUUGACAGUGGUAUAUGUCCUGCCGAAGCCAAAAAUGAUACUGCAUCGUUUUUGAAAAGUAAUUUGCAAUUACAGUCUGCUACCGAGAGCUUUACGGAUGAUGAUUUAAUUUCAACCACUACGAUUGACAUACACGGGGUGGAUUCCAACAAAUACCACUCUGCCGCACUUCCUGUUUCGUCGGGUAAGUUUGACAGUGGUAUAUGUCCCGCCGAAGCCCGGGAUGAUACUGCACCAAAAAUAAAUGGUCGAACCUCAUUCCAGCCCGAUACUUCCGCGUCCUGCAACCUUCGAUUGUCCGACAGCAGUUUACGCAUUUAUUAUCAAAAUGUCCGAGGCCUGCGAACUAAAAUCGAUGACUUUUUCUUGUCAACUAUCGACUCAAACUAUGACGCUAUAGUUCUUACGGAGACGUGGUUGGAUGACAGAAUCUAUUCGGCACAACUGUUCAACCACCAAUACGAGAUUUUUCGGAAUGACCGCAACCGGCUAAACAGUUCUAAAUUACGUGGAGGUGGUGUACUGAUCGCAGUAAAUAGGCGUUUGAGCUGCUGCCUCGACCCUGCCCCCGUCAAUCCUUCUCUCGGACAGAUUUGGGUAAAGAUAAAAACACAACAAAGGUCGGUAAGCGUCGGCGUGCUCUAUCUCCCCCCGGAUCGUAAAACUGAUUUGAAUUGCAUCGAAAAUCAUAUCAACUCGAUUGGGACUGUUUUAUCCAAACUAAGCUUGAAUGAUUUCGCUUUAGUAUUUGGCGACUACAAUCAGCCUAAUUUGGUCUGGAAUUCACAAUCCAACAAGCCACCAUCAUUCGACGCACUUCGUUCAAGCAUCUCAGAUUCCUGCUCUACUCUACUGGAUGGUUUCAGCCUACAUGGUCUUGUCCAAGUAAAACACGUACUUAACAGAAAUAGUCGACUACUAGACCUCAUCCUUGUGAAUGAACCCGCUCUUUCCGAAUGCUCGGAAGCUGUCGAACCUUUGAUAAAUAUCGAUGCCGAUCAUCCUGCGCUAGAAACCUGCAUCAACUUGCUGAGCCCAAUGCAGUUCGAAACAUUUGAUGAAGUGAACAGUUUGGACUUUUGUCAAGCGAACAUAGUUGCAUUGAAACGAAUGUUUGAUCAAAUGGACUGGGAGCCUAUUCGUAUGGCAACCAACGUGGAUGAAGCUGUUGAAUAUUUCACCAGUGUGGUUAACAUGGCAAUCGUUGAGAACGUUCCUUUGCGUCGACCGCCUCCAAAACCUGCGUGGGCAAAUGCUCGACUUCGCAAAUUAAAACGAUUCAGAUCAGCGGCACUCAGAAAAUAUAGCCAAAAUCGCAAUCCGUUCUCCAAGCAACUAUUUACUCGAGCCAGUAACGAGUAUCGUCUGUACAAUCGAUAUCUAUACCGACGCUACACCAAACGCAUUCAGAAAAAUCUUCGCUUGAAUCCAAAUCAGUUCUGGUCGUUCGUCAGAACAAAAAAGAAUGAAGAUGGCUUACCUACUGAAAUUUUCCUUGGCGAACGUCAAGCCCGCACACCAGAAGAUAAAAGUAAUCUCCUAGCCGACCAUUUUUCGCACACCUUCAGCAACCUCUCGCCAUCAGCGUCUCAAGUAGAUUUAGCGAUUCUGAAUACGCCCAGAGAUUUGAUCAGCCUCAACAUUAUCUCCGUCACCCCGAAACUGGUCGAUUCGGCUAUAAAGAAGCUAAAGUUCUCCAAUUCACCUGGACCCGAUGGAUUUCCUUCCUCCCUGCUGAAAAAAUGUUCAUCACAACUGAUCCAUCCUUAG